GGCACACUAAAUCAAACAAGCUACUCUAUUGAUAAAGAGAUUCAUCUACUUUGGUUCGUUGAAACAACCCUAUAGUGAAAAUGCUGCUUAUUUUGGUCUUGUGCCUGUUUUUCGCACCCAUUUCAUCCAAGCCUACUGAUGGAAUAUCUACUGUUGGCAGACCCACUUUAUCAUCGGAGUCGCCGAUUUUGUGGCACCAUCACGAUAGCACGAGUAGCUCAAGUGGCAACACAAUUUCCAUUCGUUACGACCAAGAAGAUACCAGCAAUUGGCCGACCAACAUCAAUACCUGUAAAUCGGCAAUACUCAAAUUCAACAUCACCAAGCCUUAUUUCAAAGUCAAACGAGUCAUAUCUGCCGACCUUCGCGUUUAUAAGAUGAACCGGACUCAAUCUACAGCUUCAUCAACUUUUUCCAUACUCAAAGUGCUCCUAAUCGAUCCCAAAUCAAAGCCAUAUAAUGCUGCGGGCUUAACGGCCAUUGGAUACCCAGUAUCUUUACAUUUUCAAGGUUGGGAGUCUUUUCCCAUUACACSAGGUUUUGAAAUUUGGCUCAGAGAUGCGUCAACCAACCAUGGUCUACUUUUGUCAGGCGAAGACCGAGGAGAGCCAUCGAAAAACCAAAUAGUUACUCCUUUACAUCCUAACAUGCAAGGCUUUGUUGGUUUUGAAGGACCCAAAGACAAGCGUCCGUAUAUAUUAGUGAAGUAUGAAAAGAAAAGAUCGCAAAAUGAACAUGAAGAUGAUGGCGAUGACGAACAUUCUACUUAGGCUAAUCAGUUUUAUCUACCGAUACUCUCAUCAGACAAGACAAAAAAUAGUAUAUAGCUCCGAUAGGGAKUGAUACGUCAUCUAGUGAAAUAAUCUACGUUUAAGCUGAAAAUAUCUCUCACUAAUUAAUCGAUGUAGUAACUAUAAAGGGGCGGACCCAAGGAAGGGAAGCAGGGGGUGCGAACCCUUCCCUGGUUCGACUUCGUGCCCCUACUUCGAAGAAGCCAAUACAAAGUAGUUUUUUCCUUUUGAUUCUAAGUGAUGCACCCUCGAUCCCUGGAUCAUGAACUUUGUGCGCAGCACCCCUUCCUGAACAAAAUCCUGGAUCCGCCCGUGAUUAACCUUCUGAUGAAAAAACCUAAGCAUAAUAAAACUGUUGCAGAAGUAGAGUA